CACAGAAAAAUUUGUUUCAGAAGAAAACAGCAAAAUGUUUUUAUUUUCUCGUUCAAUCGCGACUAGGGUAGCUAAAUUUCAAGACCGGGAUUAUUGUGGACGAGGGAUGGUACAUCAAAUGUGGCACACAUUGAAUGUUACAAAAUUUAUCAUACUAGAUGGCACAAGUAGAUUUGGAAUGGAGGCAGGAGAGAAUCACCGUAGAAGAAAAAGCCAAGUUCAUUUUUGACAAGCAACUAUUUACCGACUGUUCAAUUACAAUAAUCAAUGGCGAUACUUCAACGAAAUUUGGGGCCCAUAAAGUUUUUCUCGCAAUGGCCAGCCCUGUUUUUGAAGUCAUGUUUGAACAGAAUUUUAAAGAAGGCAGCAACUUGGUCGAAGUCCGUGACGUCCAGCCCUUGACGUUCAGGCACUUUCUCAGCUUUGUUUAUACAGGAAGGAUGGAAAACCAAGGUUUUGACGAAUCUUCAGAAGUGUACAAGCUUGCGCACAAAUACAUGGUGAACCGAUUGAAAAAAUUAUGCAUCACUGACAUGUGCAAUCAUCUCACAAAUGAAAAUGCUUGUAUUGCCAUACAGAUUGCUAUGAUAUACGACGAGUAUGAGCUAUUGACAAAAAGUAGUUUGAUAAUUUCCAAAAAUACCAAAGAAGUAUUGUCAAGCCCAGCUUUUAUAAGCAUAGACCUCUCAACAAUAUUACUGAUUCUAGAUCAUAAUGAGCUAAGCAUCUCAGAAUAUGAAUUAUUCAAGGCUGUUGAAACAUGGGUUGAAAGCGAGUGUGAUAAAAGAUGUAGAGCCGGUGGAAUUCGUGAGAAUGAAAGAAGUGACAUUUACAAGACACUGGCAAAGAAAUUUAGGUUUUUCUCAAUGUCACCCGAGGAAUUCGCAGAUGGGCCAUGCAAAAUUCCGAUGCUGUCCAUUGAAGAAUCGGUAGCAAUACUGAUGAACAUGAUAUCACCUGGAGCUCCAGAUAUCCAAGACGUCCCGCCGUGGUUUAUUAAAGAGAGACGACGAACGUUCCAAGAGUCUUCCGGACAGUUUUAUUUCAAAUGGAUUAACGAUUUUACAAUGGUGCCUAAGAAAAUCCGCUAUGCCCACGUAAUCAUCAAAGCUAGCAGUGAUGUUACCAUUUGUGGGCUGACUGUGAUGGGAAGAGAAAUAAUGCAAAAAGCGGUUGCAACUCCUAGUUAUAUCGAAAAUUUUGAAAUAACUUUUAGCGAUAGCGGAACAGGCAGGGUCCUGGGCGAACUCAAUUUUAAUGAUGAUUUAGAGUAUGAAGAGCUGAAGAAUGUCUACUUCUCGAAUCCUGUAAAGCUUUUAGCCGAAGUGGAAUAUUGGCUUGCAAUAAAGUUUAACCAGAGCUUAGUGCAUGCUUACAAAUGUGUCGAUCUUGAUGAAACCACUCUGACUCACCAGGAUGUCAAAUUCACAUUUAGAAAAGAUCCACCCUUAAACCAUUUAAUUCCAAUAUACGGAAUUUAUUAUUUUCAUUAACAAAAAAACAAAUAAAUUGUACCAAGUAA